GUUGUGCCCCUCCACCGCGGUUAACUGAUUAAAGCAAGUCUGCAACACCAUUAGAUUUCUUUCUUCCAAUUAUCAACAUGACAAUGGCCUUGUACUGCAUCCCCUCAUCAAAUCUCAAUACUCACAGCUUCACCUCCACAAGAGACGUCUUCAUCCACCAUCAAUCAAAGAGAAGAUUGCCAGCAACCCGCGGCGCCGGUGUCGGCACGAGCCGAGCUGCAGUGUCCAGAAAUGGAAGCGCCGCCGCUCAGGCAUUGGGGGGUUACGAGGAGGGGAAGCUGGAGAGGCCGCGGUGGACGGGAGAAUCGCCACUCUCUCGGAUCGUCGGAGCCCUAAUUUCCUUCAAGCCUCUCUACUCGCUGCUCAAGCUUGGCGCCAGACAAGUCUUCAUCAGCACAGCAGAGAAGAAUAACAUUCCAUGGAGGGAGAUGGCAAAGGGAAUACUGGAAUCCGAUGUCUACAAAGAGAUGGAAAUCAUUGAAAAUCAAUCUAUUCAGUACCCUGACUAUUAUGUCAGUCCUUUUCAUGCUUAUGAUGAGGGCAAUCUUUCUUGGCUGGCAGCUGCAGAAGCGGAGCCUGCAACAAUGUCGAUGGAGUUGCGAGCUAUACCCAAUGCCAAGUCACUCGACGAAGCUUCUCAGAUUGUACGUGGGAACUGGCUCGACACAAUUGAGAAACAUCAUGAAAAAUAUUCCGGAGGUGUAGAAAUUGGAGACAUUCUUGAUAUUGGAUGCUCUAUUGGUGUGAGCACCAGAUAUCUAUCUGAUAGAUAUCCUUCUGCUAAUGUAUCUGGACUUGACCUGUCACCUUACUUUCUUUCCGUCGCUCAAUUUAAGGAACAGAGUAGAGCUUCAAAAUUAAAACCUAUACAUUGGAUUCAUGCAAAUGCUGAAGACACUGGCUUGCCCUCACAAUCAUUUGACCUUGUCUCCAUUUCUUAUGUGUUUCACGAAUGCCCCGAAAGAGCAAUUCGAAAUGUUGUGAAGGAAUCUUUUCGGUUGCUUAGGCCCGGAGGAACUUUUUCUGUAACAGACAACUCGCCAAAAUCAAAGAAACUUCAGGAACUACCACCUGUGCUCUUUACAUUAAUGAAGAGCACCGAGCCUUUUCUGGACGAAUACUACUUGACUGACAUGGAGGGAGUGAUGAGAGAAACUGGGUUCGUAAAUGUGAAUAGUAUCUUGACUGAUCCGCGACACGUAACUGUCACUGCCACUGUCCCUUGCUCUUAACAACCCAGAAUGUGAGUAUAAAAGUGAUUUUUUUCCUAUCUAUUUAUUAGUAUAUAAGAGUGUGAUAUUAGACUCUAAUGUUGAGUUUUAUAAUUUGUGAGAAUUAUUGUAGUAAUCUAGUCUAUGAGCCGGGAUCUCCUGAAAAUGGCUUUUUUGUUGUAGAUUUGCCUAAUGAUUUUUAUGAUUAUUUGUAUAAGUUUGAUUCGAUUCUGUUCAAUUUAGUCAUUGUAUUCCAAAUUAACGAUUAUGCUCCCAUCUAAUGCCUCUUAUGCCAUAAAAUUCAUAAAUAUUG